AUGCUAUUGAUGCUUUUGUGUAGCAGCAUUAAGACCUUCCUUGCUGGUGCCUAUACAGAAGCUGUCAAGAUGACAUCGCCUUACUCAAGUCCGACUCAAGCCUUAUCGCCAAAGUCAAAGGUGUCUCCUGCUUCUCCUAAGAAUAACCAGGGUUCUUGUGUGACCCCAACUGGAACCUUAGAACCCUCUGCUCCUUAUCCAACUCUUCCAUAUUUAACUGACCAGUGA